AUGGCUGCUCCUCGUGCGUGGGCGGUCGUUGCAGGUGUUGGGCCUGGCACCGGCGCCUCGGUGGCCCGCAAGUUUGCCCAAUCCUACUCCGUAGCACUCCUUGCACGCAAGGCCGAGAACUACGAGCCGGUGGUCAAUGAGAUCAACAACGGCGGCGGCCAGGCCAUUGGCAUCAGUACCGACGUUGCGGACGAGAACAGCGUCAAGAAUGCUUUCAAGGUGCUGCAAGAGCAUCUGGGUCAAGGCAAACUGGCCGCUGCCAUCUUCAACGUCGGCGGCAAGUUCGUCAGGAAGGGCUUCAUGGAGUUGAGUCUGGAAGAUUUCGAAUCGGGCUGGGAGGCCAAUGGUCGUGGCGCAUUCCUCUUCUCCCAGGCCGCCCUGCCGCUCUUGCAAGAUGCCGUAGCGGCCUCGAACCACCCGCCUACAUUGAUCUUCACUUCCGCCACGGCCGCCAUGAAGGGCAGCGCUCGCUGCGCUGCCUUUGCAACUGGCAAGUUUGCCAUGCGAGCUUUGGCGCAAUCUUUGGCGAGAGAAUUCGGACCGGCGGGCAUUCACGUCAACCAUGCUAUCAUUGAUGGCGUGAUUGAUAUCGAAAGGACUAAGCACUAUCAGUUCGACCAUGAGGAUGCAAAGAUCAAGCCCGAAGCUAUUGCGGAUACAUAUUGGUGGAUUCACACUCAGCCGAGGACGUGCUUCACAAACGAGAUCGAUAUUCGGCCAUAUGUCGAGAAAUGGUGA